AUGUCUGGAAAGGACGCGUUUGCGCGGAGGCGUGCUGCCCGUGAGAAGCGCGAGGCAGCGGCAAGGUCGGCGGCAAGCGACAAGAAGGAGAAGGCCAAGCUGCGAGCCCAGCUGAGGGCCGAGCGCAAGGCUGCCCGCCAGGCCAAAGCCAACGGUACUGGAGGAGGCGCAGGUAGUGCGGGCAGCAAAGGCUCGGCUCCAAAGCGGUCGGUGGCUGGCAAGCGGUCAGCGGUGGCCGAGUUCUUUUCCGAUGAGGACGACGACGACGAGGAAGAGGAGGUCAACGCCGACGACGAUGAUGCUGGGACGGGACAGCCUGACACCACAUUUGGCUCGACGGAGGCAGAGACGUCUGCGGAUAGCGCGGCGCUACUGAUGGGCGCGACAACGACGGCGACGGCGGCGGAUCUGUUUGCGUCGCCGCCGCCGUCGGCGCCCAGCUCGCCGGCGGCAGCAGCUACCGGCGGCGGCGGGCGGAUGUCGCGGCGAUCGGCGACGCUGGGCCCUGGCGAUGCCAGUGUGAGCUUGGGUGGCGACGGCGGUGGGAGCGGGCAGAACAAGGCGACGGUGGCGCUGCUGAGGCGGUCGCACGAGACGCUGAAAGAGAUGACCCGCAAGUCGCAUUCUGCACUCAAGACGACAAUCAAGACGGUGUAUGAGACGCUGCAGCGCGAGAUGCAGUCUGCACUGGCGGUGCAAGCCCAGUCGUUCUCAACACUGCUUGAAACGCAGCGUGCCGCCAACGAGGCGCGCUUCGCGCAGCUCUACGAACAGAACCAGCAGCUCCGCAACGCCAUCCACACGCUCAAGCGCAAGCUGCAGAACGGCUCCAUCACUGUCGGUCGCGCCCUUGUCCUUCAAGCCCGCGACAACACCCACUGGAUCGUCGAGCGCUCGGUCCACUCGGACGAGACCUGGGCGUGGGCGGGACCGACGACAUCGCGCUGGCCCACCCGCGGCCGGUCGCGCGCCACAUCGGUGGUGUAA